AUGAACUCGACGGGACACCUUUUCGGUAGUACGGAGCUUUCGUUUGAUGUCACAUCAUUUUCGGUUGGGUACUCUUCACUCCUGUUCCAUGGCGCGAAUAACACUCUUCAUGAGUGUACGCUGCCCUUGGCCGAGGAAUGUCGGAUAGUGGGAAUGAACAUGAAGAGCGGAUACAAUCUGGAUGCGCGGAUGAUCUACGGCGUCCAUGUGGAUGGCAGCAUACUGACAUGCAAGAGACCCUGUGCAGCAGACAAUGGGUGGCGGGCGAUUAUUGAGGAACCGGCAAGUGACGAAGUGCUCGUCGUUGGAGGCGCCGCGCUAUGGCGUGUGGGAACCGAUCGAUUGUUGUACGAUGGCGAAGGGCUGCGUCGAAGCAUGGACCAACAUUGGUCUGGGAACUGGCCGAUCGUGGAAGCAUUCGAUGCGGACCGCCGCGGUGUAUGGAUAGUGUCAGGCGGCGGAACCCUGUACACCUGUGCUGGGAGAUGCACGGACAAACGUUGGGUGGAAGUUGCCAUCCCGGUGGAGGUGAACAUCCAACAAAUCACUGUCAGCGGAAGUUUUGUCUACGUCCGGGAUCACUGGAACGUGCUGGAGCGCUUCCAGAUCUUUCCAGACAACGGCGAGGAUUACACGCACUACGUGUCCUUUGCUAACACUGGAAGAUACAUGUGUGAGAUGGCGAGCGAGGCCGUGCUAGAGGGUCUGCCCGUGCACUAUCUGGGCUACGGCUGCCACAACUAA